AUGCUCCAUUCGACACUGGCCUUGUCCCUACUGCUAAUUGCAGUCUCUUCUAACCUUGCAAUGGCAAUCAAAAAGGAAAAACGAGCACCUCAGACACUGUCAAGAGGAUGGGGAGAUGAAAUUACCUGGGUACAAACUUAUGAAGAAGGGCUUUAUCAAGCAAAAAAAAGUAACAAGCCUCUGAUGGUAAUUCAUCAUUUGGAAGACUGUCAAUACUGCCAAGCACUGAAGAAAUCUUUUGCAGAAAAUGAAGAGAUACAGGAAAUGGCCCAAAAUAACUUCGUUAUGCUGAAUCUCAUGCACGAAACCACAGAUAAAAACCUGUCACCUGAUGGACAAUACGUGCCUCGAAUCAUGUUCAUAGACCCAUCUCUCACAGUAAGAGCUGAUAUCACAGGAAGAUACUCCAACCGACUUUAUACUUACGAACCACAGGACAUACCAAUCUUAAUAGAGAACAUGAAGAAAGCACUACGCCUCAUUCAGACAGAACUGUAGCCAGGAAGUGUGAAAUGACCAUAGCCUCUAUGAGGUAAAGCUGCACC